UUCAAAUCAUGUGGGAAAAUUCAUAGGAAAUAUAUAAAUUUUAGAAUCAACUCCUUUCGGGAGUCUUAACAUUAUUUCCACCUAGAAAAGUAAGAAAAAACAAAAAUAAAUGGUUGCAUAUACAUAGGUUUUGAUAGUGCGUUUAGUAUCUCUAAGCAGUGAAGGUCGUUUUUGACCUUACAAAAACAUUGGCAAAAAGUCGCACAUUUAUCUUCUAUUUUGGUUCAGAGUAAUUUGUUAAUUGCAUUUCACUUUGUUUGGUUUUGUUUGUCUUUUAUUUUUGUUUUAUUUAAUUGAUCAAGGAAGCUUUAUAUAUCGAUCCGAUUGUUUCCAAGCAUAACAUAAAGCAUGGAGCAACUAGAAAAACGAAAAGUCGGUGCUCUCCAACGAAUCCAAGAAUUGUACCGACUAGGCGAUAGUGAGUAUCUGGAAGCGGCAGAACCCGUUGAAAAGGAAUCCACUAUAAAGGCAGAAUCGAAAAGUCCUACUCCUGAACAAGUGGAUCGUUAUGGAAAUAUACGCGAUGAUGUGGGCUUGCUGAACAUGGGAUUCUAUAAAAUUAGCAAGGAUCUAUCAUUACAGAAAGAGAGCAAUUCAUUUCGUUUGGGAAAAAAACUCAUCGGUCGAGAUGACUUGUCAAAGUAUAUUAAGGAAAGUGUUUUUUCCCCCAUGACAAACGAACCUGAGAAAGAUCAACAGUUAUUAUCAGAGCGCGAGCUGUCCCGGAUUGAAAAGUGGAAGCAUAUGUGCACUAUACAUUUUGAGUCAGGAAAUCAGCUUCAUUCGUUCCCUAUCACCAAAAAGCUUAUUCAACGAACAAUGAAGGGAAUCCCUGAUUGUUGGCGCUCAAUAGCUUGGUGGUCGUUCUUAAUGAAUGAUUGUCCAGAUCCCGAUCUCGUUAAUUAUUACUACGAAUUGUGUGAUAAAAUAUGUGAGUAUGAUGUACAGAUCGAUUUAGAUGUCCCCCGUACCGCGGCUACUCACUUUUUGUUUCGUAAGCGUUAUAAUGGUGGUCAACGACUAUUGUUUCGAGUUUUACAUUCUGUAGCUUUGUAUCUUCCGCAGGUCGGCUAUGUACAAGGAAUGGCUUCUAUCGCAGCCACCUUACUAAUUUAUUAUCCUGAAGAGAUUGCAUUUAUAAUGAUGGUUAAUAUGCUGCAACGUAGAGGAAUGGGUGAUCUCUUCUCAUGCGGUUUUGAUGUCUUACUAAACGCUUUUGAUAAUUUGAAGAGUGAGUUACAGUACCUACCUUCUGGGAAACAUUUGUCUAAUAUUGGUGCCGAACCAUCUGCAUUUGCUACUCGCUGGUAUUUGACAAUUUUCCACCAGUGUGUGCCUUUUCAUACCCAACUUCGUAUAUGGGACUUACUUUUUCUUCUAGGAGGUAAUGAAGGACAGACUAUAAGACUAUUACAAGCGUCUUCACUCGCCUUAAUACGAGGAAUGUGGGAUACCUUAAUGGAUGCUGAUUUUGAGAUUGUCAUGCAAGCUUUAUCAGGCAUUAUCCCUAUUCAGAACGAUGAUGCAUAUUUGGCCCGCAUACAGCACUACUGGCAGAAAAUGCCUUCUGAAUUAGCUAUGAAAAAGUAGUUAAAAAUUUGGAGCUUACAACUUCUCUAUUUAUCUUCUUGGUUUGCGUUACUUUGCAUUGUAUUUUAACAUCUCAUUCAUGUUAUAUGUCUUUAUCACUUUCUUUAUAGUAUUGGAGUUCUCUAUUCUGGAUUUUUUUUCCGUACCAAUAAUUUCCUUGAUACCACCGGUAUAGCAAGAGUCUAUUUAAUAAGCGUUUUAUU